AUGGCAAAAUUGAUUAUUAAAAUAGAAAAUUAGCCAAUGAUGAUUUGUUUAAAAUUUCUUCUUCUAGCCUUGGAUUUUUAGGUUUAUAUCGCUAAGUAGAAGUUUUUCAUAACUUUUCAUUUUAUCAUAAAUUAAACUGCAAAUGGCAUGACUCGAGAUUAUUUGAAAAUAUUUACACCAUAUCCGAUUAGCCAUAUCUUGAGAGCAAAGUUGCAACAAAUGGAGAUAUUUUAUUGGAAGAAUAAAAGCUCACUUCUCCUUUACUAAUUUAAUUAUCUCAAAAUAAUUCAGUUAGGCGAUAAAUAGAUGAUGCUCAUAUUUAGAAUGUUAUUUCAUAAAUAAAAUAGUAAAAAGAGAUAAAACAAAAUAAUAUAAUUAAAGAAUCUGAUUAAAGCUCUCUUGAAAUUGAAGCAACUGAAAACCCACUAGAAAAGCUAAUUUUUUCAGGGAGACAUGUAGAAAUUAAAGAUUAGUAUAUUUACAUUAUGA